UGGAAGCCGGAAGUGAAGUCGACUGGUAGUUCGAGACUGCUUGGCAAGUUUUCGGGUUAACUGUAGAAGACUGAUAGAUCCUUUCAGAAUCAGACAAAAUGGCCGCCAGUACGUCAGCCAAUCAGGCGAAAGUUCCCACGACUGGCGCAGAGAUUGCGGACGCCCUAGAGGCCGCCACGGACGCGACCCCUGACCUUGUACCUACAGAUAACGAUGUGGUUCACACGGGCGGCUGCCACUGCGGCGCCGUACAGUACGUCGUAAUGGCGCCCCCUAUCUUACAAGCGGUGGACUGCAACUGCAGCAUUUGCUUCAAGAAGCAGAACAGGCACUUCAUUGUCCCCAGGUCAAAGUUCAAACUGCUGCAGGGGGAGGACAACUUGACGUGUUACACCUUUAACACCCACCAGGCCAAGCACCUGUUCUGUAAGACAUGCGGAGUCCAGAGUUUCUACUGUCCCAGGUCAAACCCUGAUGGAUACGGUGUGAUGCCCCACUGUCUGGACCAGGUGACGGUCGAGCGAGUCGUCGUGGAAACGUUUGAUGGACAGAACUGGGAACAAACCAUCCAGACCUCCUCCAUACCCGCCAGGUCACAGGUCAAACAGGUCAAAGGUGACACUGAGGAGCCCAAGGAGCCAGACCUUUGACCUUAAGGGAGAAACUCUCCUGAACACCCCAGACAUUUGUUGUUGUGAUUUUAUGAUAUUUGAUAUAUGAAAUAUUUAUAUUAAGUACAAAUGUAUAUGUUGCAUUCCAUGGUGAGGUAUGCAGGGCAAGAAAAUCAUCAUGGUAAAUUUUCAGGCAGGUCUUUCGGUGGCUGCAAAACAGCCUGAAAUUGUGAAGACAUAGUACAGUAUCAUUGGCAAGGCAGCCUGAAUCUCUGUAAGAAAUGGCAGAAAAGACUGAUUGAAGAAGUGCCUUUUUACCUGUACUUAGAGAGAGGAGAUCUCAGGUUAGCUGGAUAUAUUGUGCAACUGUGUUGGUAUCAAGACUCAUAUUUAAUAGAUCUUCAAGAACUCAUUGUAUUGGUGACUAACUUGACUUGGUGGUGUUCAUACCUGAUACAUCUAUGCAAGCUGUCAUGUUGUUCACUUGUUGUUAUUUAUUUUUGAU